AAACUAAUCAUUCCUUGGAUCAAGAUUAAGACUCACACAAGAAGCGUAGUAAAAACCAGACAACGACUGGAAAGCGAGGAAAGAGAAAAAUGACGACGUUUGGAGUUCCAGUCUAUGGAGCAUCCUGGGUUUCCUCCAGAUCCACCGAUUCCGACGAUAACUCAAGAGACGGCGAUAAACCCCCUGCAAAAUCGCUGGAAUAUCUUGUUCUUACGGGCGGUGGUGGAGAAGGCAAUAGCGGCAUUCCUAACCUACUUCUCCUUACUGAAUUCGAUUUCUCCGCUAAUUCUCUGUCUUCUGAACCGGUUGUACGACUUGAAUUUACUGAUGAAGUGCCGUACAGAAUGGCCGUUCAUCCUAAGGGUGAUGGCCUCAUUUGUGCCUUUCCUAAAAGUUGCAGAUGGUUUGAUUGGGAUACGACUAAUACUAGCAAAAAUGGGAGACUAGGUUUAAAAGCAUCUGACAAGGUACUUACCAAGUUGGAAGACGUGGGUCAACAAAUGGCUUUAGCAUUCAGUGAAGAUGGUUCGUUACUUGCCGUCGGUGGUGAGGAUGGCAAAUUAAGGGUUUUUAAGUGGCCUAGCUUGGAAGUCCUAUUUAAUGAGGAGGAAGCCUAUACUACUGUGAAGGACCUACAUUUCAGUAUAGAUGGGAAGUAUCUGGUUUCUGUAGGAAGUGGUUGUCCUUGCAAAGUUUGGGAUGUAACUUUAUCAGAGGCUGUAGCUACUCUACCCCAGAAGAAUGGUGAGAUUUUUGGGUUUUGCAGAUUUUCUCAAACUAGUGAAAGGGACCAGGUCCUUUACACAAUCGAUAAAUGUGGAAGUAUAAUAUCAUGGAACACCAAAUCCUGGAAUAGAAUAGUCACAAAACGUAUUGUUCGGGACACAAUCACAGCAUUUAAUACCUCCAUUGACGGGAAGCUCCUAGCCAUUGGGACCAUGGAAGGGGAUGUCCUCAUCAUAAACUCAUCUAAGAUGCAAGUACAGAUGACUGUGAAGAAGGCACACCUGAUUGUGGUUACUGCCCUAACGUUCUCACAUGACUCAAGGGCUUUAGCUUCUGCAUCCAUGGAUUCACGUAUCAGAGUAACACUAGUUGAAGACAAAAAUGUUAAUGGUUUCAACUACUGGAUCAUCAUGUUGAUUAUACUACUUGCAUUUGCUGUUAUGUACUUGAAGAGUACACAAACAAAGCUUCUGAUUAAAGAAGUCUAAUGUUUUGUUCGUGGUUGAGAUAGAUUGAAGCACAUUUUGCGUAGAACAUGCUCAGUAUUUAUGCUAGACUACUUUGUAAUAGUUGGUUUGAACUGUGAUUUAUCUUGUGUUAUGAAAUUGUGAGCGAUGGAUGUGUGACGCGAGCGUUUACAGUGUAAUAAGUUCAGAGAGUAUGAAAAGUUCACUUCGACAAUUGACAUUUGCACUACUGUCAUUGUUUUAAAGCGAGGUGGGAAGAGAUAAUAAUUUCAUUUUUUCUAUGUUUGAGAUCUUA